CUCUUAAACUUGGCCACACUGCGUCGAAUUAGAACGGGCAGCUGGUCGGCGUAAAAAUUUUUUGUUAAUCAAUAGCAAUUAGAUAAUAAGUGAAAUUAUGCUUAGACAACUGACACGGUCACUGCGCCUGACCUCGCGCGCAUUCACGCAUUUCAACUAUGGCACAGAUUCCACGGCUGGACAGAUUCCGGUGACCCAGGCCCUGGUGGGCUGGGCGGAAAAGCUCAAGGCCGCUGGUAUUGAGGACACCAAAUUCAACCUUAAGUGCAUCAUAUCCCAUGUCCUGAACAAGAAAUUUAACACCGUACCGGAUUCGUAUGAAAAGCUUCAGUUCAAUUCGAGUCAGUUGGCCGAUUUUGAGCGUUUCCUGGAGGCACGAUGCGCUCGAAUGCCCCUGCAGCACAUCAUUGGCGAGUGGGACUUUAUGGAUCUCACCCUGAAAACGGCACCAACUGUAUUCAUACCUCGCCCUGAGACCGAGGAGUUUGUCCGGCUGGUGAUCGAGAACUACAAGAAUGAGAAGCACGUAAAUAUGCUGGAAGUGGGUUGUGGUUCCGGUGCCAUGUCGCUUGGCAUGUUGCACAAUUUGCCACAGGUGGUGUCCACCGCCAUUGAAAGAAGCAAGGCUGCCACCGUGCUGGCUGCGGAGAACGCCAAGCUUCUCAACCUCCAGGAUCGGUUCACUGUUCACAACCACACCAUGGAGGAGGACAAGUACUUGCCAGAGGAGCUAAAAGACAAAAAGUACGACUUGAUUAUUUCCAAUCCGCCUUAUGUUAAGACGGAGGAGUUUCAGUAUCUGCAUCCCGAAGUGGUGGUCUAUGAAAACCUCAACGCUCUGGAUGGCGGUUCCGAUGGCUUGCGAGUGGCUCGGUUGGUCUUUGAGUUGGCCUGCCGUCACUUGCAUCCCGGUGGCAAGCUCUGGCUGGAGUUGGGCAACGAGCACCCGCCCAUGGUGAAGACCAUCAUGAACCUGCAGUACGAGGGACGCCUGAAGUUCAUAGCCAGCUAUAAUGACCAGUAUAAGCGCGAAAGAUUCGUCCAGAUUGAAAAAGUCUAGACGAGAUUUAUUUAAACCCACACUGCUGAUACGACUUAGAUAAUGCAAUUACCAAUUACCAUGCCUACGCAUUUAGCUGUGAUUUGAUUUAUAACCUCACGACCGCAAGCUGCCCAGAGGCUCUCACGUAAUAUAUAUUAAAUAUAUAUACAUCUUAAAGAAUA